UUGCAUUCCGGAAGUUGCGCAUUCCCUUAUGUCAGUUUUGAAAGUCUAUGCUCCAGCUUUUCAUUUCACCUUUCCAGGAUUGUCAAUCAUAUUUGGGAUUUGGUAAUCUUCCUGCAAAAAUCACCCAAUGAUUGCAAUCUUUACUCUCGAGAUCGAUGUUUGGCUAUUCGGGUACCCAUCAAUGUUACUAUCUAUUUAUCCUACACGUCUACUUUCGUGAUGUCUAUCGAAAGAUGUUUUGCGACAUGGAAGCUUAACAGUUAUGGGCAAAACAAGAUUGUUGGGCCGGCGCUAAUCCUUGUACAGGCUGCUGUACAUACCGACCUAAAUCUCAUGAGCCAUACCUUGAGGAUGUUCAAAGGAAUACUGGAAAGGAGACUUCGAAUUAUCAUAGAGCUGGUUCUCAACCAAUGUGGUUUUGUGAAGGGAUGUUGCACGAUGGACACCAUCCAUACAGUCAGAAUAAUGAUUGAACGAAGUAGCAAAAGACAUUGUGAAUUACACGCUGCAAUCCUAGAUCUCGGGAAGACAUUCAACAAUGUUCCGCGCGUUCCAUAA